AUGAAGACAGUAUUAGGUCAACUGAAUAAUUUAAAAAUAGAUAGUUUAUAUUCCAAAAAAAAUAUGAGUAAACCAGGUGCUCCACCAUUUCCAAAUCAUUAUACAGUGAAACUAGUUGCAGCAAAUGAUUCUAAAGCUUGUACAAUUUGCUAUAAGCCAACACCAACAGUAUUACUAAAUGAUAAUAAACUUGAUUUUUUAUAUAUUUGUGCUUCACAUCUAAAAGAUGAUAAUUUCGCAGUACAUCUACCUAAUCAAGAAUAUGAUAAAUUAAUUGAAGUUAAGAAUGGAUUGGAUAAAAAGAUUGAAACUUUAAAGGAACAGGCUGAACUUGUCAAACCAUAUAUGAUCAAUAAGUUAAUGACAGAUUAUUUACCAGGAUUCGGGAAGAAAGAUAAGGAUGGUAAUGAUAAAGAUAAAGAAGUGAAAAUUCCAAAAACUAAUGAUGAAAAAUAUAAUGCUUUCCAGACUCAAAUUCAAGAAUCCACAACAAAAUUAGUUGAAACCAAUGAACAAAUAUCCAAUUUCAAAUUUAAAACUUAUAAGUUAAAUCAGGAUAUAUAUCGAUCCAGAAUUAUAAAUUAUAAUAAAGUAUUAGCUGCAAGAGCUAGAAGUCAACGAAUUCAACUGGAUCCUUCAUUUUUUCCUACUGCACCAUCCAAUUCUAUAGGAUGA